AUGACUACCGUUCCUCAAGGCCCCAUCGAGGCGCGCUCACUGUCAUCUGUCACCGCGAUCGCAUCGAAUCCCCCCGCCUACCCACGCAAUCCCACCCACGAGAAACACGAACCACUGUCGCUGUACAUUGUGCGCGUACCAGGGAGCAAGGAUAUCUUCCUUUCGCCUCUCAAACCACCCACCAAAUCCAGCGUCUCCGCUGAAGCUAUAAACGCCUCCCUCUACUACCUCCAUGUCGCAACGCCCGAUGACGACACCCUACUACAGGAAGUGGAACAGGAGCGCGAAGAGGAAGCCCAGCUCCGCAAAGAACGUCUCGAAGCAGCAGGGGACGACCCCGCGCAGCGCGGAUUCGCUCGGCUGAACAAUGUUCGCCGGAAGCCUGUAGCUGGAGAGGGAGGGGGAGUGGGAGCCGAUUCCAGUCAUGAACUCCCGGCACUGCCACAGGAACCCGCUGCGCCAGCUUUGCCCCCACGGCCGAUCCCCGUCCCGCAAGUUUCGGCUGAGAAUGUUUCGUUCGCUGGGACUCCAGUUGCUCAUGCACACCCUCUGGGAUAUGGUGGGCCGGAGGGGGCUCCAACAGACUUGGGCGCCGUCCCGCGACGGCCGUUACCUCCUCUCCCUCCUGGUGAAGAGUCGUGGACUAAUGCUUCGGCGGGCGAGGAACCGUAUAAAAGGUCGAGUAGGUGGAGCGCGUUUGCGGGUCAUCUGCAGAAUAAGGGAUUGGAGCUGCAAAGCAAGGGUUUAGAGCAGUGGAAAGAAAGAUAUGGGGCGUUGUCGGCUGGCCGUCAUAGUCUUGACUCUCCUAGGCCGCAAUUGCGACCUCGUUCAUCGCAUGACCGCACAGGAUCCCCGAAUCGGAGCCCUGGGCAAUCUCCCUCAAGGUUGAGGAAUGCUCAGAGACCGCCGUCCAGCAAUGCGGGCUUCCAUAUUACGCUUAUUCGGCGAGAUCCUACGUCUGGUACGCAGUGGAAUGUUGCGACUAUCUCGACUCCACGAAUGGACCGCAAUGCUGUCGAUAUUGAAAUUUCUACUCCGGGAUAUAACCGCUUCGUGGGUUCUAAUGAACCGCUUUCAUUGUCCAGCUUGGCUGGCAACCUCCCGCCAGGUUUAGGUCGUCUGUCUAACUCUGCGAUUCCCCAAGCCCUGAGUGCCGAAAAACCAAGAGAACAACAACAGCAAACUGGACCUCGCAAGUUCCACCGCCAGCUUUGUGUUUCGAGGCCGUUCGACGACUCAGCCUCUCCGGAUUGCAGCAACGGCCAUAUCCCAGAACCCCCAUCAAAGCUGAAGAGCGGCUACUACGUCUUCACUUCGCCUUGGAAUGGCACUUGUACCUUCGCAAGCAGUGUCAACGGCCGCAGUCUAAAAUGCAAACACAUGAUCCCGAACCCAGGCGGCUCAAUUCAGCCAAACGGCGAAGCGGAACCACCACCCGCCGUGACAGUCGCCGAGCUGCGCUUCAACACCCCAUUCCAAGCAGCCAACCUGCACUCGCACGCCCACCAUGCUGUCCACAAACCACACCCAAACCACGUCUCACCCUUCACGCAAAGCCAGCAGAGUCCAACUUUCCCACGCUCCAACGAUAUCAACGACCUACCAACCCCAGCUUCAACGAUAGGUCCAGACGGCCUCCCCCAACCCCAAUACCAACAAUCCUAUAUCAACACCAACAACACCAACCAAGCGCACAAACGCCCCACCUCUUUCUCAACCCUCCUAAACCCAAACACCUACUCCCGUCCGCGCGCCCACUCAGGUCCAGGCUCAACCCCUUCCUUCCAACCCUCCCCCAACAAUCCCAACUCCAACCCGCCAGCAGACCCAAAACAACCCUUCAACCCAACAGCCCUCCUGCGCCGCACAUCUCUCCGCGCCCAACGCUUCGCCCGCCAAAGCCACUUCUACGCAAAUCCACACGGCCACCCACCCCAAUCCGGUCCCGGAUCCGGAUACCAAGCCCAAUCCCGGCACCACCGCAGCACGAGUGCGAGUAGUGGUCAGGAUAUGGAUUUCGAUUCUGAUGAGGAUCGGUUGGAUCUCUCGCUUGCGAGGGAGAAUGCUGGGGGUGGACUUAGGGGGAAGAGUGCUAAGCUUGGGAAGUUGGUUAUUGAGGAUGAGGGGAUUAAGAUGCUUGACCUUGUUGUUGCGGCUUGUAUGGCUGUUUGGUGGAGGGGGUAUUAUUAUUAG